AUGGAUUUCGAUGCGAUCCUUGAAGACGUUGGCACUUUUGGAAAGUACCAGAAACUUAUAAUCUACUUUAUCCUGCUGCCUGCCGUCAUACCAUGUGGGUUCCAUGCGUACGCGCAGCUCUUUAUGGCUGCUGACGUCAAGCACUGGUGUAGAGUACCGGAGUUGGAGCCCCUAACUGAUACAGAACUCAUCAAAAACCUAAGCAUACCCUUAGAACUCAAAAAUGGUGUACUUGAGUACUCACAAUGCAACAUGUACAAUUUAAACUACAGUGAAAUUAUGAAAAACUAUUCAGAUAUAGCAAACAUAGAUCAAUCUACUGAAGUCAUGCCAUGUCAAAAUGGAUGGAAUUAUGAAACAACCACUUACAAGAGCUCUGUUGUGACUGAGUGGAAUCUGGUGUGCAACAAGGACUUUUUCCCAACUCUCGGUUUGGUACUUUUGGCUGUAGGAGGCAUUAUCGGCAACUACAUCUUUGGCUAUCUUCAAGACACCAUCGGCAGGAAGCCUUCCUUUUUUAUUUAUUUGGCUAUUGAGUGCAUAUUCGGAGUGGCAACAGCAUUUGCACAAAAUUAUGUCAUAUGGGUCGUUUACAGAUUUGGCGUCGGCUUUACAGUACCAGCUAUAAUGGCAACACCGUAUGUUUUAGCAAUUGAACUCGUAGGUCCAAAAUGCCGCACGCUAUGCACUAUUCUUUCGAAUAUCGCAUACUCUUUAGGACUUAUAUCUUUGGCCGGUGUGGUAUACUUAGUUCGGGACUGGCGUCAUUUAGCAUUGGCGACUACACUACCAUUUGCCAUCUUCUUUCUUUACAUAUGGCCGAUGCCUGAAAGUCCUAGAUGGCUCUUAGCAAGAGGUCAAUUUGAAAAAGCUGAAGCAAUUUUAAAAAAUAUGGCCAGAAUCAACGGAAAAUCUUUACCAGCAAACUACAUGGUACAUUUGCGACGAAAAUAUGAAUCAGACAAACUUAAGCAAGAUUUAGAAAAAGAAAAAUCGCGUAAAUAUGGAAUUAUGGAUCUCUUCAGAACCCCUAAUUUACGAAAGAAGACAAUCAUCAUUACAUUUAUCUGGUUCACCAACACUAGUGUUUAUGUCGGCCUCUCUUAUUACGCACCAGUUUUAGGAGGUGAUGAAUAUUUGAACUUCUUUUUGGCUGGUUUAGUUGAAUUACCGACUUAUAUGUUUCUGUGGCCGUCGAUGGAACGAUUAGGAAGGCGAUGGACACUCUGUAUGAGCAUGGUUGUUGGUGGAAUUGCGUGCUUAACAACUUUUUUGGUGCCUAACGUGACCUUAGCGCUUUACUGCGUGGGAAAAAUGGGAAUAUCAUCAGCAUUUGUCGUCCUGCCAUUGAUGGCAUCAGAAUUAUACCCAACUGUCGUCAGAGGACUUGGCAUGAGCUUGAGUUCGGUCUUAGGAAUGCUUGGUCCUAUAUUCAUACCCAUUGUUAAUUACUUGGGUUCGGAAAUAAUGGUUCUACCAUUAAUAAUAAUGGGUGCGUUGUUGGUUGCCGGUGGAAUAGCAAGUUUACUUCUUCCAGAAACACUUAACCAACAUUUGCCGCAGACUUUAGAAGAUGGGGAAAGAAUGGGAUUAGAUACGGAUUUCUGCUGCAGUCCUCCAGUUAAAGAGACCAAGACAUCUAUGGAGCAAGAAACUCAAGAAAAACACAAUCAAAUGAAGUGUAAAGAUUGUAAUGCAUUAUGUUCUUGCCAAAUGAUAAGCGUUACUCUGAAUGAAGAAUUGGCUACAGUUAUCGAAAAAAAUAGUGAUCAAGUUGAAUUUGUAGUAAUGAAAUAAAAUAAUAAACGUAUAA